AUGAACGCGAUGGGUCCGAGGACCCUGCUGCAGCUCGGCGCCGCCGCAGGGCUCGCCUCUCCGUCGGGUCUGCUCGCCCUCGCUGGGCCCGCGCUGGCGCGCCUGGGCCCCGCGGUCUCCGCCGCGGCCCGCCGGCUGAUCACGGUCAAGCCCGGGAGCCAGCACAGCGUCACGAACGCCACGCACGACGAAGGCAAGAGGGUAUCCGCGGGCGAGAAGCUUCUGUUCGAUCUGCAGAAGAAGGGCGUGCGGCCGAAGAUGCCGUGGGACUCGAAGCUCACCCCGGUCGAGGCCUCGCUUGCGCUGGGCUCGUUCCUCGGCACCCCAGGGGGCCUCCGUCCGGGCGACGUGACCGUGAUGGGCGUGGACCAGAUGGCGGAGCUGCUGCGCCGGUGCACGGGCGGCCCGGGCGGCAAGGGCGCCGACGCGGAGCUGCAGGAGGCCCUGUUUGUGCACGCCAACACCGUCACGCAGCGCUUCUUCGGCGACGACGUCUACAUGCGCGGCAUCAUCGAGUUCAGCAACGUCUGCGAGAACGACUGCUACUACUGCGGCAUCCGCAAGCACCAGCGCGGCGUGUACCGCUACACGAUGCCUGUUCCUGAGAUCGUCGAGACGGCGACGUGGGCCUUCAAGAACGGCAUCCACACCAUCAUGCUCCAGGGCGGCGAGCUCCGCACGCCCAAGCGCCACCAGUACCUCCUCGAGAUGGUCAAGGGCAUCCGCGAGGCCACCGUCGCGCUCGACAUCGAGGAGCGCAUCGCGCGCGGCGACGCGGUGCCCGGGCCGGGGGAGUCCACGGACGACCUGGGCAUCGUCGUCGCGCUCUCCGCGGGGCAGCUCUCGCGGGAGGAGUACAAGGAGCUCUUCGACGCCGGCGCGCGGCGGUACCUGCUCCGCAUCGAGACGUCGAACCCGGACCUGUUUUCGAAGCUGCACCCGCCGGAGCAGACGUGGGAGUCGCGCGUGGAGUGCCUGCGCAUGAUUAAGGACCUGGGGUUCCAGGUCGCGACGGGCGUGAUGGUCGGGCUGCCCGGUCAGACCCCGGAGGACCUGGCGUCGGACAUUCACUUUUUGGUCGACAUGUCGACCGACAUGGUGGGCAUGGGGCCGUACAUCCGCGAGGAGGGCACGCCGACGACGGAGUGGUGGGACCGCGAGCACGCGGGCGACACGGAGGACCGCAGCGCGUACAUGAAGCGCAUGGUCCUGCUCACGAUGCGCAUGAACGCGCUGGCGCGCAUCAACCUGGGCAACUCGAACAUCGCCGCGACGACCGCGCUGCAGGCGAUCGACCCGAUGGGCCGCGAGAUCGCGCUGUCGCGCGGCGCGAACAUCCUCAUGCCGAUUCUGACCCCGACCAAGUUCCGGGAGCACUACCAGCUGUACGAGGGCAAGCCCUGCAUCACGGACACGGCGGAGGAGUGCCGGCGGUGCCUGGACGCGCGCGUGCACAUGGUGUCGAAGGAGCUCCGCCUGAACGCGCGCGCGGACCCCCCGCACUUCGCGAACCCGCUGACGUCGGGGCUCGACCCCCCGGGCACGCGACGAUUCUCUUCCGGGCACCGGUUCGGCGGCGGCGGGUGGCGCGCCGGCGGCGGCCGCGGGUACGCGACGGGCACGGCGCGCGCGUCCGCGCCCGUGGCGCAGCAGGCCGAGGCCAAGAAGCCCGGCCCGGUGAAGGGCAGCGACGUGCCGCGCAUCAACAUCGGAGUCUUCGGGUCGAUGAACGCGGGCAAGUCGACGCUGAUGAACCGCAUCACGCGGCAGGAGACGUCGAUCGUGGACGCCACGCCCGGCACGACCGCGGACACGAAGAUCUCGCUGAUGGAGCUGCACGACGUCGGGCCCACGAAGCUGUUUGACACCGCGGGGAUCGACGAGGCGGGGAUGCUGGGCGACAAGAAGCGCGCGAAGACGAUGUCGAGCCUGAAGGAGUCGGACCUGGCCGUCAUCGUGGUCGACGCGGCGCGGUUCGCGGGGCUGUCGGGCGCGGACCUGCGCGCGGCGGUGUCGUGGGAGCGCGGGCUCAUGGAGAGCGCGGCGUCGCACGGCGUGCUCCCGCUGCUCGUGUUCAACGUGCGCAAGGGCGCGCUCGCCGACGCCGAGGCCGUCCGCGUCGCGCAGGAGCUGCGCGGCGUCCUCGUGCAGGGGCUCGUCGACAUCGCGGCGCACGCCGGGGAGGACCGCAGCGGGGGGUGCCCCGCCGCGUCGGCCUACACGCCGGACGAGGUCGCGGAGGUGCCGAUGCUCGUGCUCGACCUCCACGACGAGGACCGCGCCAUCAAGAUGGUGACGCACUUCAUCCAGGGCAACGCCGCGCGUGUCAAGGCACACAUGCCGCGCUGCCUGCCGGAGGAGUACCUCUCCCCCGACGCCGGCGUCUUCCUGAACAUCCCGAUGGACGCCGAGACGCCGUCGAUGCGGCUCCUGCGGCCGCAGGCGCUGCUGCAGGAGGAGGCGAUUCGCCACUGGUCGACGACGAUCGCGUACCGCAUGGACCUGGCCGCGGCGCGCGGGGACGACCCGGUCGCGCGCGAGGCCGAGCGGCAGCGCUUCCUGCGCUCGCUGGCCGCGGUGCAGUCGGCGCCGGGGCCCAAGAUCAUGGUCACGGACUCGCAGGCCAUGGACGUUGUGCACCCGUGGACGCUCGGCCCGGACGGGAAGCCGCUGAUCGACGUGACGACGUUCUCGAUCGCGAUGAUGCACCGGCAGAGCGGCGGGCAGCUGCCGCUGUUCGCGCGCGGCAUGGAGCGGUACAAGCAACUGAAGGCGGGCGACAGGGUGCUGAUCGCGGAGGCGUGCAACCACAACAGGAUCACGGACGCGUGCAACGACAUCGGGAUGGUGCAGAUCCCGCAGAUGAUCGAGCGGCACGCCGGCCCCGGGGUCGUCCUGGACCACACCUUUGGCCGCGAGUUCCCAGACCUGGAACAGGGUCUGUCGGAGUACGACCUGGUGAUCCACUGCGGCGCGUGCAUGAUCGACCACCAGAAGGUCCGCGCGCGCAUCAGCGACGCCGCCGAGGCCGGCGUCCCGCUCACGAACUACGGGCUGCUCAUGGCGUACGCUUACAACGGGCCGGACGCCCUCGCGCGCGUUCUGGCGCCGUGGGGGUGCUGA